UAGGACUUCAUCCUUUAUCACAUGUUCUUCCUGCCAAGUAUUUCAAUUUACAAGUAUAACGACUUUAAUAUAGUUUAAUGUGAUCAGCGGCUGAGCCACGAGGAUCUUGCAGGCAGAGCUCUCGCGUGUUGAAGUAUUUGCGCUCACAUGCUCGCAGGAGUCGCACCGCAGUGGCUCAGUGGAUCCACGGUUUCCACUUCACACCGACACCAAGUGCAUCCCUUCGGCCAAAAUGUCCAAGUUGGAUCAGAUCCUCAUCCUCGACCCUCCCUCUGACCUCAAAUUUAAAGGUCCUUUCACAGAUGUAGUCACCACUAGCCUCAAACUGAAAAACCCGUCUGACAGAAGAGUGUGUUUCAAAGUGAAGACGACAGCGCCACGCAGGUACUGUGUACGGCCAAACAGUGGCGUCAUCGAAGCCGGAGCAACUGUCAGCAUCUCUGUUAUGCUACAACCCUUCGACUAUGAUCCCAAUGAGAAAAGUAAACACAAAUUCAUGGUGCAGACGAUUUUUGCCCCACCAAAUGUUUCUGACAUGGAUGCAUUGUGGAAAGAUGCAAAACCCGAUGAUCUCAUGGAUUCCAAGCUGAGAUGCGUCUUUGAGCUGCCUUUUGACAACGAUAAAGCGAAUAACGUGGAGGCGACCAGAGCCGCCCCGGCCAUGAACUCGGUGAAGGCCGAGCCCGCGGCGGCGGCCACGUCUGGGGUGGACGACACAGAGAUGAAGAAGGUGCUGGACAAGUGCAAGAGGCUGCAAUCUGAGAUCAAUAAACUCUCAGACGAAAACCGGCAAUUAAAGGAUGAGGGUAUUAGAAUGAGGAAAAUGCCCCGCUCAGACCACAUGACAUCAAACUCAACUAACCUCCUCGGCCGAGACGCCGGCGCCGCCUUCCUGCCCUCCCUCCUCGUUGUCAUAGCAGCACUCUUCAUGGGAUUUUUCUUAGGGAAGUUCAUCGUGUAGACUGGGAGAUGCAUGUCGGCAGUAUCCCCCAACUCCAGCUCCAGCGAAAACAAAAGAGAAAAGAGAAAAAAAAAAAAAAGCCUGGAAAAACCGAGAAGUCUUUCUGUUGACUUUGCCAUAUCAUUGGUCGCGUGGCCUACAGUGAAACACACCUGUACAGCAUCAUUAUGGGGCGUCGCCUUUGUACAGUCUCACACAGUUAGUGCGCACAGAGUUGAGUAAAGAACGGCAAGUUUUUGGAGUUUUUUUUUUUGUCUUUUCUUUUUGUUUGUUUGGAUUUCACAAAUGAGGCGGGACAACGACAGACGUACACGAACACGACAGAUGCACAAAUGGCGAACCGUCGGCAAGAAGCAGUUAAAAGUUCAGGGGUUUUUGUUUUUCCUUCCUUUCUCUCUGUUGUUUUAAUAGGAAAUGAAUGGAACGUUAGGUGUCUUUUAAAUGUUAUUUUAAAUUUUAAACAAAAGGACAGAACUUCCAUUUAAAAAAGACCUUGCUGUCUGUUGCUGGAUCGCCUCGGGAGUAAAUUUGUUUGUAAUUUCUUCUUCUUGUGUUGGGAUGUUCAGGUCCAGCUGGGGAUACAGGUGCCUCCUCCUUGUACAUUUGUCCCUCUCCUCAUGACACAAAUGCAGACAUUAUUAUUAUUAUUAUUAUUAUUGUUAUUAUUAUUAAUCUUAUAUUACAACACAUAUAUUUCUUCUGAGGAAAAUAUUGACUGAAAUAAGGUUUCCAUUCUUCAAAUCCUGUCCCAUGGUAUUGAUCAAUGAAAAAAUAAAAAUGAAAAAUGUGGUUUUCA